UUCACCGUGCCAUCCAGUUAAAAGACAAAUGUUCUAUAUAUAAAUUUUAAAAAACAUAAUAAUAAAGACAGUCAAGCUGCUUGGAGAAAAUGUAUUAAUUCAUUUUAAUUUACUAGGAGACUAAAUAAAUUAGUGGAUCAAAUGUUAACAAUCUCUACAGCAGUGAGAGAUCAUCAGGUCACAAGUGGGCUGUUGGACCCAAAAUCUGCGUGUAGAUUGCCACAGUAUUAUUAUUAUUAUUUUUAAUGUGUUUGCUUGUCAAACUCUGACCCAAAAAAUCUGAGGACAGAAAAAUGCUGAUGUCAUCUCGGCCAGCUUGCUGGCCCUGUGAGGAUAAAUUUCAACUCUUAAUUGUUUAAAGAAGCAGUCCUAUUGCUAAUAUCAGACAUGCAAACCAAUGGCAUGAAAAAGGUAACCAAAAAAAAAAAAAACAUUGUAGGGGGGUAUCCCCUGGGCCCCCGCAGAUAAUUUUUUUCAUUGUUACAUAAAUUAAGCAAUCUGGAAGACUCUGAAGAGUACAAUAAGGCAAAAUAAACAAAUUGUAUUCACGCAGAAAAACAUUUAUUUACACCGCUCAAGUACAUUCAUUCAUUCAUCUGCCGUUCCGCUUAUCCUCACUAGGGUCGCAGGCGGGCGUGCCUGAGCCUAUCCCAGCUAUCUUCGGGCGAGAGGCAGGGUACACCUGCCUGACAGUUUUGAGGACCGGGGUUCAAAUCCCGGCCCCGCCUGUGUGGAGUUUGCAUGUUCUCCCCGUGCCUGGGUGGGUUUUCUCCACGAGACUCCGGUUUCCUCCCACAUCCCCAAAACAUGCAUGGUAGGUUGAUUGAAGACUCUAAAUUGCCCGUAGGUGUGAAUGUGAGUGCGAAUGCUUGUUUGUUUAUAUGUGCCCUGCAAUUGGCUGGGGACCAGUUCAGGUCCGAAGAUAGCUGAGCUAGGCUCCAGCAAGCCCGCAACCCUAGUGAGAAAAUGGAUGGAUGUUGAUCAGAGCUUCUGACAGUGUUCGUGCCAGCAGAGAACGCUUUGCUGGCCCCGACAGCUCACCGCUGAUAGCCUAUUUAUGCAAUUAUGGGCUACACAAUAUGUAUUUUGUUUUGAAAUUACCCAAUGCAUCCAUGUGUACUAUGGCAUUUAAUAGCCAAUAAAUAGACAUUGUCUCUUUUGUGUAUUUGGUAAUGAAUUUACAAUGACCUAUGAACUGAUAUGCCAUUUAAAGGGAUCGUGUAAAACUGUCCCUGCUCGUCCUCCGUACUUGACUCGUCUUUGGGGAGCGUCCCAGCUCGGGCACGCGCCUCCAUCCGCCCCAGUGGUCCCUCGUGCCCGCGUAUGCCCGCACACCCUCCCCCCAAAAAAGCCGAUUUUGAAGCCCAUUUUCUUCGCUAUUGGAGGCCCGCUGGAGGAUGACUUCCAUCCGGCUGUACUGCAUGAACGGCGGACAUCACCUGCAGAUUCUCCCCGACGGGACGGUCCGCGGCCAAAGGGACGACACGGACGUUCACACUUUUUUGCAGCUCAAGGCUGUGGCUCCAGGUGUGGUGGUUAUCCGAGGACGAGAAACGGGAAUUUUUUUAGCCAUGAACGAGGAGGGCCGCUUGUACGCUUCGCCGUCUGUAAAUGACGAGUGUCGCUUCCUGGAGAGGCUGGAGGAGAACAGCUACAACACGUACCGGUCUCACAAGUAUCAGGAGAACAGCUGGUACGUGGCCCUGAAGAAGAAUGGGAAACCUAAGCUGGGUCCCCGGACACACAUUGGACAAAAGGCCAUCUUCUUCCUCCCCCGCCGGCUGGAUGCUGACACCAGCUGACACCAGCACUUACCAAAAAUGUCAUGACUCAUGAGACAUUAUUUCUAUUUGUUUCAAAAUGUGUAACAUAUGUGUGCAGUGUUUCACAAAAAUGAGUACACCCUCACAUUUUUUUUGCAAUAUCUUUUAAUGGGACAUCACUAAAGAAACUUAGCUACAAUUUAAUGUGGUCAGUAGUAAAUUGACUGUCCCCUAAACACACAGCCAUUAAUGGCCAAAUCAGCGGCAACAAAAGGGAGGACACCCUGACGUGAAACUGUCUGAAUCGGGCCCAGGUACCAAUUUUCCCUCCCUGGUGACAUGUGACCCAUUAGUGUUAUAAGGUCUCACGUGUGAACGGAGAGCAGGUGUGUUACAUUUGGCGUUAUCGCUCUCACACUCUAAUAUUGCUUACAGGAAAUUUUGUGUGGCACCUCAUGGCAAAUAACUGAGGAGCUGGAAGAGUUUUCAUUCCUAUAAAGUAUCGUGAGUAUUUUUGGAAGCCACUGUAACAUAAUGCACUGUUUCAACAGUCAUACUACGCUUAAAUAUAGACAAAUAAAAAGUGUACUUAAAUCAUAAUUCAAUCAAAUCCAAAUCAAAAAAAUCGCACAUAGAAUUCAAAUUAAAUUGUAACCUAAAUAAAAGAUUGAAUGCAAAUUGUACUUCAAAGUUCAAUACAGCUAAACUGGACUUAACAUCAUUUACUGUACCUACUGGAUUUUUUUAUUUUUAUUGUUUCUAGUUUAAUCUAUUAUAGCAGGGGUGCACUCACUUUUGUGAGAUACUGAAUGUCUACUGCAUCACUGAUAGCGUAAUAUUUCACUCAUCUGACUAACAGCAUGGGUUGUGUUCCUACUCAGUGUGAAUGGUUGUCUGUCUCUAUAUACUGUAUGUGCCUUGCGAUUGACCGGCGACCAGUCAAGGGUGUAUUCUGCCUUUUGCCUGAAGUUAGCUCCGAUAGGCUUCAGCUUUCUGCCACCGUGAACAGGAUAAUCGAUGGAUGUCGACUGCUUAUUUUAUUUUAAUGAAACUAUGGUGAUUUUACUGAUACAAUCACCUAGUGGCUGUUGUGCGGAUUCCAUCAUGCAGGUCGACAUUCACGUUUUUAACAAACUUUAUCGUUCAAAUACUUGCGUCCUCCUAACUUUAUCGUUCUAAUACUUGCGUCCUAAUGUGCUGUUUAAUGACUAACACAACAGUUAACACUAUAAUUGUAACUGUUAACUUUUCAGUGAUUGAUUGUUGUUUAACACUAUAUAUGUAACUUAGGUUUUCCACAUAGGUUAGUGCUACCCAGCUGGCUGCUAACACAAACUCUUCAGUUGGAUCGCUAACACGACUCAUGGCCUUUUUUUUUUUUUUUUACAGUGUUAACAUUUUAGAAUAUACCGUUUGUGAAAAUUAUAAUCCAAUCAAUAGAUAUCUUUUCUAACAAAUCUUAACCUAUUGAAAUAUAACAGAUGGCUAUGGAAGUAUAUCUGUGCCAUCGGAGUUUGAAUUCGAAUUUCUAACUGAAUUUUUUUAGCAUCGAAUUUCUAACACUGAAUUUUUUUCAGCAUCGAAAUUCGUAUCACUGAAGUUUUUCAACAUUGAAAUUCAACGUAAAAAAAAUUCAACAUCACAAGAUCUUGAAUUUUUUUACGUUGAAUUUCAAUGUUGAAAAAUUUCAGUGAUACGAAUUUCGAUGCUGAAAAAAAUUCAGUUAGAAAUUCGAUGCUAAAAAAAUUCAGUUAGAAAUUCAAAUUCAAACUCCGAUGGCACCGAUAUACUUCCGUAGAUGGCCUUCAACUUUUACGAACACUGCAGCAAUUUUGCUGAUUACACUGUCACCCAGUGGCCAUUAUGUGAAUUGCAAAAUCCAGGUAGAUAACUGUUUCACUAACCUAUGCUAUUGAACGCCAACAUUGAGGUAGACAAUAGUGCUUUUUAAAAUACUGUAACGUGAAACCUCUAAUAAUUGCAUCCUCUGGUAUGGUUUAAUCUAUUACAGAAACAAUCACUGAUUGAUUAUUUAACACUAUAUAUUUAUUUAACAGUUAGCAUCUUCACAUACUCCAAUGCUAACCAGUUAGCUAAGGCCUUAGCUCAUGAAAGAGAAAUUAAGAUAUAUAAGAUUAAAUAUAUACUAUAGUUUGUUAAAUUGUUACCAUUUAUGGUGUGAAAUCCUAUUUAUUAGCAAAGAAAACUGGACUUAAAUGAACUACAGCUAAUAAAUGCCCUUGUAACACUCCA